UUUGCUAAAGUGUGUUGCCCAGAACUGGACACAAUAUUCCAUCUGAGGCCUCUCAAGUGCUGAGUAGAGUGAAAUAAUUACUUCUUACAUAUGACACCCUUUGAUAUACCCCAGAAUGAUGAUAGCCUUUCUUGCAACUGCAUCACAUUGUGCUGCAAUGAAAGAACAAUGUGCAACUUUUUAAAAGUGCAUAUACAGCAUGGAAAAUAAGAACACAUAACAAAUGUAUAUAACAGUUGCACAGAUUUGGAUUGUUUUCCCCUACUCUGUCCUUAAUUUGUUGAUUGGCUUAGCUGCCACCCAGUUCCCCCACAAACAAAUGGAACUGACAGUACUGGUGCCUAUUCAUCUCCCUGUGAGGGCCUGACAAUAUCCUGAAUAAACUUUAUUGAAUUAAGUUAAACCUUAUUGAAUUAUGUUUAAUACCUUUGGGGUCCAUUGUAUUAAAAUGUAAUUGUGUAUGUGUUGUUGUAUGUACCUUCUCUAGUAAGAGGGGGGUACUAUGUAAUUCCUCCAGUAUCAACGCUUUGAAAUGACUUCCCACCCCCAGAGAGGUGUGCAUAUAUUAGUUCAAACUGGAUUCUCCAGGGACCAACAGAUAAAGAAAGGAUAUUUGGAUAAAUAGCAUGGUAUUAAACUGGUUCAGGGCCACCUUCUUGAUCCAGGAAAUGGACAAGACCUCUGGUCCACGGAUGGCCCUAAUCCUUAGAGAAGGGUUGGAAGGAUUUGCCCUACAGAGGCCGAUAAGACUGGGUGCUUGUUCUAAGCUGUGGCUAUGAUGAACUUGUGACCACAAAAAAAACCUCUUGAGAGGGGUUUGGAAGGACUGUUCCAGCCAGAGCCCAGGUUAGGGUUGGAGUGAUCUCUGGUAGGCUUAUUAGCAUGUAGGUCUUUUGUUGUUUUUAAUAUGUUGUCUCUGGAGAGCUUUUACCUUAAUAAAAUAGGCUUGUAUAGAAAGAACUGUGUGGUAUUUAUAACUGUUGACAAUCCCUCUGUUAUCAGUUUCUGAAGAGAAAGCAAGCGAGUGUGCUUGCAUAGCUUGUCUCUCUGCUGGAAAUGACACGAUGAAGUCAGGGAAUUGUGCAGGCUGGAAAUACCCUGGCCAGAAGGGAGUGAGUGCCAAGAAAGGUAACAGUUGAGGAGUUGGAAGUCUAGAGGGGGUGCCCUCGCUGGCCCACCAAGGGGAAACACAGGUGCAGUUGCCCUGAACUGUGAUACAUCCGGACUACUUUACUUGCAUGUUGUAUCCUGCUCUGCAUCUUUUUGUUGGUUUCUUGUUUAUUAUAGAUUGUAAGCCGCUUAGGGUAUGGACUAUGUCUUAUGAUGUACAGUGCCUAGCACAUUCGAGUCCCAAUCUUAAUUUUAGGGUCGCCAGUAACCUCCACAGAUCAGAUAAAUAAUAAUAAUUUUAUCUUCUUAUCUUUUACAUCCAGCGAGCUUCAAUGAAGCUCAGUGAAGCUACUCGAUGAAUUAAAUGGAGUUCCUCCUGAUUUGUGCUGGUGUAAGUGAGUGAAGGGACAAGGGCGUUUCCCCUUAUUCUAGGUACGUUGUUCCAUGUUUAUAGUUAAAAUGGUUUUGAAAUCACCUUAGCAAAAGGACCAUGUGGCUUUUAUUAGCCUUUUGGACCAUUUGUAUUUGCUGGAAUCACUUUUUAAAAAAAAAUCAGCUUUGGAUAAAAGAGAGGUCCCAUCCAAAAUUACUUAUUGGAAAUCCCAGAAAAAACAUGUAAUGAAUGGUAAGCCAUUUCAAGACAAUAAGAUGCAGCGGGCAUUGGAUCAGGUACAGUAGCAGUACAGUACAGGUGCUGCUCAAUGUAGACUGUAUAGAAGAAUGACUAAAAUGUAAUCUUGCUCAGAUCUCUAGAGGCUAGCUGUAACUUGCACAAUUCCCCAUUGUGGAUCAUUAUAUACAAUUGCCUUGAGUCUGCUGGUUAUAUCUGCUUAAUGUGAAUACAGUUUUAGCAAGCUGACUAUUAUUAAGAACAGGUUUUAAUGGUGUUAGUUGAGCAUUAGAAAGACAAGGUGGGUGAGCUAAUAUCUUUUAUUGGACCAACUUAUGCUGGCGAAAGAGACAAGCUUUAGAGCUACACAGAUCUCUUCUUUAGGCUAGUAGAGCAUGACAUUUCUACAAAUUUGGAUACUUAAUGCACUCACAGAUCCAUUCAAACCCUGAAAAUCUGACACUAAAUAAUAUUUGAAUAUACAAAGAGCUUAAAUGUAGAAAAUUCAUUGACAAGUAUUUCAGUCAGUUUCAUUUCCUGCUUUCAUCCAUUAGACUUGAUUUACUACUGCAGGUUAGGGUGCAAAUUACACUUGCAGUAGUAAAUCAAGAGGGGGAUUUACCCUCCUGGGAAAGAUGCUGAUGGUACUUUCCCUAAUACAGGGAAAUAUAGUAAGUGGUAUUUUCCCUAGUUACUCUUUUCUUGAAUACAAUGGACUAAAUUCCUUCCUGGUAUAACUCUCCAUUGGUAUCAGUGUGGUUGCGCCUGGGAAGAAUUUGAUCUAAAUUCUAUAAUAACUGGAAAAUCUCUUGUAUCAGAGGGGUAGCCGUGUUAGUCUGAAUCUGUAAAAAGCAACAGAGGGUCCUGUGGCACCUUUAAGACUAACAGAAGUAUUGGGAACAUAAGCUUUCGUGGGUAAGAACCUCACUUCUUCAGAUGCAAGAGAUGGAAAAUCUCUGACUCAGUGGAUUUUCAUGCUAAAGGUUAAGCCUGUUUUAUUUACUCACUAAUUGAGAAAAACAUCAGCUGCAACCCACAGAUGAAUUGUUCUUGCAGUUCCGGUUUCAAAAAGUUGGAAGUCUGGAUCAGAAAGAGCACAGCUGGGUGGAGGAUCCUCACACAGAAGAACUAGGGACCACUCAAUUUCUAAGCCAGUAUUUAUUGAAGAAAAAGGGGCCUUUAUCAUGAGAGCAGAUAGCAAGAUAUGGUUCACUUUUAUACUAGCUGCUUUUGCAGGAGUUUUACACUGGUGUCAUAUUACAACUCUUUUUGAAAAUGACCGUCAUUUUUCUCACCUCUCGACGCUGGAAAGAGAGAUGGCUUUUCGCACUGAAAUGGGCCUUUAUUAUUCCUAUUUCAAGACGAUUAUUGAAGCACCAUCAUUUUGGAAUGGAAUGUGGAUGAUUAUGAACGAUAAACUAACUGAAUAUCCUCUGGUGAUUAAUACGUUAAAAAGGUUCAAUCUUUAUCCAGAGGUGGUCCUAGCCAGCUGGUACCGCAUAUACACAGGGGUAAUGGAUUUUAUUGGUGUUCAGACCAAGACAUGCUGGACUGUAAACAGAGGAGAAAGGCUUAGUCCUGUUGAAAGCUGUGAAGGAUUGGGAGACCCUGCUUCCUUUUAUGUUGCUGUGAUCUUUCUUUUAAAUGGACUAAUGAUGUCAUUGUUCUUCAUAUAUGGCACAUACCUAAGUGGGAGCCGUCUAGGAGGUCUAGUUACGGUAUUGUGCUACUUUUUCAAUCAUGGGGAGUGCACGCGUGUGAUGUGGACUCCACCCCUUCGUGAAAGUUUCUCAUACCCAUUCCUUGUGCUUCAGAUGUUGCUUUUGACCUACAUUCUCAGGACUCCGAAUAUUAAUAGAGGAAGCUUGAUUGCACUGUGUGUUUCUAAUGUCUUUUUCAUGCUUCCCUGGCAGUUUGCUCAGUUUGUCCUUCUGACACAAAUAGCGUCGUUAUUUGCUGUGUAUGUUGUGGGUUACAUUGACUCUCUCAAGUUACAGAAGAUACUUUGUGCACAUAUGGCAUCUCUUGCACUGUGUUUCAUUUUGAUGUUUGGCAACUCAAUGUUAUUGACAUCAUAUUAUGCUGCCUCUUUAGCAGUUAUCUGGGGUAUUCUUGAAUGGAGUCCAAAAUUGCUGAAAAUGAGUAGAAGAGAAGUCAGUUUAUGGGCCAUUGAAGGAUUUGCUUGGUUAUUUGGAACAGUCACCUUAAAAUAUUUGACUUCUCUAAUAUUUGGAGUAGCUGAUGAUGCACAUAUAAGUAACCUGCUAAAAUCAAAAUUUAUUGGCUACAAGGAUUUUGAUACGUUAAUGUACACCUGUGCUGCAGAGUUUGACUUCAUGGAAAAAGAGACUCCAAUAAGAUACACAAAGACGUUACUACUUCCGGUUGUUCUUGUGGUUUUUGGGAUAAUCAUCAUGAAGGCAAUUAAAUAUAUUGUGUGGGUUUUAUCUCAGAAAGACCUCUGUGAACGAGAGGAUCAUUUUAACCAUGGUGAGCUGGUAUACCAUGCAUUGCAGCUAUUGGCAUAUACUGUACUUGGUAUUUUAAUUAUGAGACUGAAACUGUUUCUGACACCUCACUUAUGCGUUAUGGCUUCCUUGGUUUGUUCAAAACAGUUGUUUGGAUGGCUCUUUGGCAAAAUUCAGCCCAAAACAUUGGUCUUUGCUAUUUUAGCAAUAAUGGCAAUAGAGGGAUCAGCAAACCUUCAGAAACAGUGGAACAUCAUGGGAGAAUUUAGCAAUUUGCCACAGGAAGAACUUUUAGAAUGGAUAAAAUCCAGUACCAGACAAGAUGCUGUUUUUGCAGGAGCGAUGCCUACAAUGGCAAGUGUCAAGUUGUCUGCCCUUCGACCUAUUGUCAAUCAUCCCCAUUAUGAAGAUGCAGGGCUGAGGGCCAGAACUAAAAUAGUGUAUUCCAUGUAUAGUCGAAAACCAGCAAAAGAAGUGAAAAGAGAAUUGUUAAGACUAGGAGUGAAUUAUUACAUCUUAGAAGAGUCGUGGUGCAUAAGAAGAACUAAGCCCGGUUGCAGUAUGCCUGAAAUUUGGGAUGUGGAAGAACCUGCCAAUGCUGGCAAAAUUCCUUUAUGUAACCUUAUGAGUAAGGAUCCCAGGCCAUAUUUCAACACAGUAUUCCAGAACAGUAUUUACAGAGUCUUGAAGGUUACAAGGGAAUAACACUUCAGUGCAAAGAACUGUCAAACUUUUUCAACUUUUUAACUGCUAACCAUAUAAAAAUUCUAAAUCAGAAACACCUUUUAUACUAAACUUAAAAUGAGGAAAUGUAUAUUUUUAAUUUUUUGUCAUUUUAAAGGAAUUCUGAUUAUAGAAGUACCUUAACCUGACAGUUUGGAUUUCUAUUUCAGGGUCAGUCUCUUGAGGUUUGCUAUGCAAAUGAUUAUAUGUUUGCACACUCUUUAAUAAAUACUGAUCCAAACAAAAGUUAAGUGGCUGUAGAAAGUAACAACAGUUCUCAAAACCAAUCCGAUUGUGAAACAAUGCUGUCAGUCUGCCUUAGCAAAGCAAGAUUAUUUAAACCAUUGGUGCUAGUAAUUAGGAACUAAUGGAUGGUUCUGUAGCAUCUAGCAGCAGACUUCUUAAAUCACCAUCACAAUAUAAUGACCACUCCCCAUAUUCCUCUUUGGAUAACGUGAUACUGAUCACACAUUUCUGAAGAAGUCACACAAUUUCUUUAGCCAUAUCUGUGUGAAGAAUGGUUUUAAGAGAAACUGAAGAAGGGUUGCUGAUAGUUUUGGAUCACUUUAAAAACAUGUCAGGCCUUUAAGUUUGUCUUUUUAAAUGAAAUAGUUUUUAAACAAUCUUGAAACUGCACAUUUUAGAUGAUGUGCACUUUGCAUGUGCUUGGAACCUUAACUUCAAUAUUAAUUUUAAAAAAUAAUUAAACCAAUGAGAGGAAUAUUUGCAACUGAGCGGUAGCUUAGCUUCUGAUUGCCCAAGGAUUUUAAACAUUCUAGUACAUUCAAAACAACCAAACAUGCACAUGUGAAGUUUAAGAAGGGAAAAAAUAUUUUAUUCAGGCAAAAUCUGUCAUUUAUCCUUGUUGUUGUGUAGCUUUAGUAAGGUAAUAAAAUAAACUCUGCACUGCCUUAACAGUGCUAGAGCUACAUCUUAAUUCUGUAGGAAAUGCAUCUAGUUCAUAUCACAUUUUCUUUCCCCAUCUAUUAAAGCCCGUAUAAAGAUUCUGUUGUACAUUGGACAUCUUGCUUUAUUUAACUAAUCCUGGUUUUUAAAAAUAGUUUUUAAAAGUAUCCAAAUAAUACUGAAGAAAAACCUUGUAACAAAAUUAACCUGACGGUACUAUGAUUAUAGUCAAAAGUUUGUGUAAAUUUAAUCACUAAACCAAAUGUUAAAUAUACUCUCCUUGAAUUGUCUGACCAUGUAGAGUGCAAUUAUCCUUCCUGCUUUGAAGUUUUUUCUUAUUUCUAUCACCAUAAUGUGGCCAUUGUGGAUGGUACAGGACUUAAUUUCACAGAGGAAUUCAUUUCCCGGUGUACUAGAGCAAGGAUACCCUACAGGCUAUUAACAAACAAGAUGUUAUAAAUUCUAUAUGUUACAGCCACUUGAAAACAUCACAAGUAAUCUAGAUUUGUAACUUUUGAGACUAUAUAAAUGUUAAUUGUUCAAUCAGCAGCCUAAUGACAUGACAGUGGUCUAGGUGGCUGUACUGGAUAUUCAGCCUUGACUGCAUCUAGCAGUAAUAGAUGCUGUAGAAAUAAACCUCUUUUACAGCUGUGAGAGUAGUAAUAAAAUGUUGAACAUAUGUGAAAACUGUGGAAUAAAAGCUGAUCAGUAUUUUAUGUAUUUGAUUUUUUUUUAAAAUUUGCUUUAUUGGGAGGGUGCAGAUAAAGGGUUGAAAAUACAUAUUAACUUUUUAACUUUUACAAAAAACAUUUUGGUAAAGUUUCUAUAAGGAAACUGGAUCACUAAAAAGGGCUUAGGAGAAGAGAAUUUUUUUUAAAUAUGUUGAUGGGUUUCAAGAAAGCAGUAAAAAGGAUAUCUUUCUAUAUAAACAUUGUGACUAAAUAGUGUUACAGCACAAAAAAGUACUGUAUUUUUAUGGGGUUUAUGCCAAUUGUUCACAUGUACUUAUAUGUAGUUAAAUAAAAAAAUUCAUGCAA